GUUCCUCCAGGUAAGGUGAGCGUUUAUCCUGAGCUGGAUGAGGAGAUCGACUUCCUCUCUGCCAUCAUCAGUGAACAGAGAACUGAGUCCAGGCUGCCAGCUCCACGCCCCCAAGACUUCUCUCACCCCAAAUCCAAACAGCUCACUGAGGCCGGCCCCGCCCACAGAGCGUCUCCCACAGAGCAGCCCACAAACGUCUCGUUCAGCAGCGUGGCUCCACCAACCACCAACCACACUGCCGUGCUGCUCAGCGACCCCAUCAUCCUCCCCCACCCCUCUAAUAAUCAUGUCUUCAUCAUCAUGAGCAGUGUCUUCAUCGUGGUGGCGUCGCUGGCUUUGAUCAUAGCAGGAACCUGUUGGGUCAGAUUGCAGAAAGGUGUUCAUCUGACUGAGAAGGGGGAAUACUCUGCGUAUCGAAUGAUGAGAGGCCGAGCCUUCGACAGUCUGCCUGGGGACAAGAAGCUGGUCCACAGUGCCCAGAUGUACCACUACCAACACCAGAAGCAGCAGAUGCUCUCAUUGGAGAAACACAGGGAUGAGCCAAAGGUUCCUGACUCAGGAGCAUCGACAGACGAGGAGAACGAGGAUGGAGACUUUACAGUGUACGAGUGUCCUGGAUUGGCACCUACCGGGGAGAUGGAGGUGAAGAACCCACUCUUUGACGACUCCACCCUUUACCUUCAAAGGCUCUACCAGUAAACCUGGACUUUGAGAUGCUUCAAACUCUGUCUGCAGCCUUUAUGCAUACAAAUAGUUACACUUACACGCAUACACACUCCACAUGGACUGCUGGGCCCAGUCUAACCCUUGUGAUGGACAGGAUGGAUAGUGGAAGGUACACAGAGGAGUAAGAGGAUGAGGGGUGAGAUGUUCAUGGACCUUUAAAGGACGUCACAGGGCUGGCUUUUUGUUUGAAGUAGGAAUGGCUUCUGACAAGUUACAGACACAUUGAAUCUAAUAUCCUGAGUUAAUGGCGUCCAGCCCACAGAGAUGUCUGAUGCUCCUGAGCUAAGAUUAAGUAUUUCUAUCAGUUCAUUGAUUGAUAGAUGGCCAUGAAUAGCAAUGUUUAUUAAUCAGUAAAUACUCACCGCAGGCUUUGGUUUUAUUCAAGCAUUUUUUAAAUGUGAUUUUAAUAUUUCAUAACAACACAGUGAUCUUCAGUAUGAUACGUAGCCGUUGUGUUGUCAGUGAAGCUCCUCUAUGCAUGAACUGAUGACGCUGUUUUAUUGAAACCUGAGAGUCGAUAUGCAUUUACAGUUUAUUCAGUUCAGGUUUCUUGUGUAAACUUGCUUAUAUAUAUAUAUAUAUAUAUAUAUAUAUACACACACAUAUAUGCACACAUGUAUAUAUGUAUUUAUAUAUGGUAAAUGGUAAAUGUAUAUAUAUGUGUAUAUAUAUAUUCCUAAGUGCUGCGUCAAAGCGUGAACUGUUGUUUGUUUGGUUAUCGUUGACUUUGUUUGCAGAGUUCCUACAUGUGGAUGAGACAAGAAGUGUAUCAGACAGGAAGUGAUGGUCCAGGGUUUACCCAUUAUAUCUGUUAUUGUGCAGCACAGUUUGUACCUGAAAUAUAAGUUUUGUAGAUUAAGGUAACAGCAAAGAGUAUCUGCACACUAUAAUAUAUAGUGUGUGUAUGUAUAUAUAGCUCCAGAAGGUUCAUUAGAAGUGAACAGGCAAUGUUUAAAUCCUGCAAAGUCUUCAUCAGGCAACACAUGACGAAGAGGUCUAUGUUGGUAUCAAACUGACAUCAUUCUGUCAUCAACCAAUCAAACUAAUGAUUUAGAAAAAUACUUUCAAUAUGACACAUAAGACACAUUAUGGAAGAUCAAAUCAGUAUCAUAGAAAUCACAAAAAUUGAUUCAUAGACAACAUUUAAAUAUAGUUGAAAAUAUAUUUCAAAGAGAUAUUGACACAUCAUAAUAACACAACUGACUAACCCUUCCAAGAUCAAAGAGACACUACAGGCUAGAAGAUCUAUUGUCUUCAGCUGAAGAUAAAGGAGAACCAGCCUGGCUCUGUCAGAGGUUCUAAGAUGUCCCUCCUGACAUCAAACGCAUCUAAUCCAGUGUGCUGAGAUAAGGAAUGCACUGAUGAACGUUGUCUUUAACGAUACCAACUCUGUGGCUUGUUUUGAUUCAAUGACUAUAACUAAGAAACGCUGAAUCUUAUGAUUGUAUCGGCAGUUACCAUGUGACAUGUUGGAUUGGCGCAUCCCUCAUGAAUAUUCUCUGCUUGUACCUUUACUGAAACUGCUUAAUAUUCUAUAGGACUGGAUGUACACAACUGCCUUUCUGUGUUUUGUCAAUGUUCAUGUCGUAGAUCAUAGAUUACAUGACACACCCUGGAUGAUGCUUCAGCUUCAGUGACAGAUGUUUGACAAAGAAACAGGAAAGGUGCAGGACUCCUGGCUGUUACUGUGGCCUCUUGCUGUUGUCUCUCAGGAAAGCUGUCCUCUGUGCUCCCCCCUCUUUAGCCUGCUCCUGAUGCUUCAGCCUCUCAGCUCUCCCAAAGUGGAGGACCAUGUUAAAACUGCAUUUGACAGACACAUACACGUACAGUGUGUAAAAAUAAAUAUGUACAUCAUAUACCAGGGGGUAUUAACACCGGCGUGUUGUAAAGACUGUUUUAUUCAAACCUACUGAGCUUGUGGAAGAACGCAAAGAACACUUUAUAUGGUUGAUGGAGGGUUGUUUGCCUUUUCUAUACGUUACUGAGCGCUGCUUUGCCUUCAGGAGUGCUGAGCGCUGAACAGAACCUGAAGUGGUUGUCUUGUUUUGACCUCAUGAAGGUAUUCUCCAACAAGUGACUGAGCUAGCUACCUUUGAUACAUGAAUAGAUGUCAGACUGCAGAUGAGUUCUACACACGAAGGAGAACUUCUUCACCACCAAGUGUAGCGUGCAUGUGGAUAUACCAGAGCUGAACUGACAUGAAUAAAUAUUUAUAUAGUCUGAAGUGAAA